CCCGGCGCGCGUCCACCUGCCCAGCUCCCGGCGCGGUGGCUCCGCCCUCCUCCCGCCACCCGGCGCCUCUGCAGCCGCCCGCACUUUCCUCCCGCGGGACACAGCGGCCUUUGUGCGGCCCUGCGGAGUUGGGCUGGCGCCUUCUGGGCCGCCCCCGCCCCCUCCGGAGUCCGCACCAGAUAAACAGCGGCGCCCUCCCCAGCUCCCAGCCCCGGGGUCCGGGCAGCCCAGCGAGGGCUGGGACCCCUGUAGUCACCUGGGCUGGGGCCGGGCCGUCGGGAUUGGCCCGCGUGGGGAGCGAGGCGAGCGGGGUGGGGGGCGUCCGCGAGUGGGGCUGCGACAGGCUUCUCAACUCCUGCUCCGGCGGCGGCUCGGGAACCUGGGUCUGGUCUGAGCCGGGAGAACGGAUCGGGCGCGCCCAGGAUGAGCCCCGCUAGGGCCGCCCCGCGCUGAGAGCCCAGCCCCGCCGCUGCCCGCCCGCCAUGUCUCAGAUGCUGCACAUCGAGAUCCCUAACUUCGGGAACACAGUGCUGGGCUGCCUGAACGAGCAGCGCCUGCUGGGCCUGUACUGCGAUGUGUCCAUCGUGGUCAAGGGCCAGGCCUUCAAGGCCCACCGGGCGGUGCUGGCCGCCAGCAGCCUCUACUUCCGCGACCUGUUCAGCGGCAACAGCAAGAGCGCCUUCGAGCUGCCCGGCUCCGUGCCGCCCGCCUGCUUCCAGCAGAUCCUGUCCUUCUGCUACACGGGCAGGCUCACCAUGACGGCCAGCGAGCAGCUCGUGGUCAUGUACACGGCCGGCUUCCUGCAGAUACAGCACAUCGUGGAGCGCGGCACCGACCUCAUGUUCAAGGUGAGCUCGCCCCACUGCGACUCGCAGACCGCUGUGAUCGAGGACGCCGGCUCCGAGCCCCAGAGCCCCUGCAACCAGCUGCAGCCGGCCGCCGCCGCCCCCUACGUCGUGUCCCCCUCGGUGCCCAUCCCGCUGCUGACCCGAGUAAAGCACGAAGCCAUGGAGCUGCCGCCGGCCGGCCCAGGCCUGGCCCCCAAGCGCCCACUGGAGACGGGGCCCCGGGACGGCGUGGCGGUGGCCGCAGGGGCUGCGGUGGCGGCGGGCACAGCCCCUCUCAAACUGCCCCGUGUCUCCUACUAUGGGGUGCCCAGCCUGGCCACCCUCAUCCCCGGCAUCCAGCAGAUGCCCUACCCCCAGGGGGAGCGGACCAGUCCGGGCGCCAGCAGCCUGCCCACCACCGACAGCCCCACCUCGUACCACAACGAGGAAGACGAGGAGGACGACGAGGCCUAUGACACCAUGGUGGAGGAGCAGUACGGCCAGAUGUACAUCAAGGCCUCCGGCAGCUAUGCAGUGCAAGAGAAGCCUGAGCCAGUGCCGCUGGAGAGCCGCUCCUGCGUCCUCAUCCGCCGCGACCUCGUGGCCCUGCCUGCCAGCCUCAUCAGCCAGAUCGGAUACCGCUGCCAUCCCAAGCUCUACUCGGAGGGGGACCCUGGGGAGAAGCUGGAGCUGGUGGCAGGCUCUGGGGUCUACAUCACACGUGGCCAGCUGAUGAACUGCCACCUGUGUGCAGGGGUGAAGCAUAAGGUCUUGCUGCGGAGGCUCCUGGCCACCUUCUUUGACAGGAACACGCUGGCCAACAGCUGUGGGACUGGCAUCCGCUCAUCCACCAGCGACCCCAGCCGGAAGCCGCUGGACAGCCGGGUCCUGAACGCUGUGAAAUUGUACUGUCAGAACUUCGCCCCCAGCUUCAAGGAGAGCGAGAUGAACGUGAUCGCCGCGGACAUGUGCACCAACGCCCGCCGCGUUCGCAAGCGCUGGCUGCCCAAGAUCAAGUCCAUGCUGCCGGAGGGCGUGGAGAUGUACCGCACGGUCAUGGGCUCCUCCGCCGCCAGUGUGCCCCUUGACCCUGAGUUCCCGCCUGCUGCGGCACAGGUGUUCGAGCAGCGCAUCUAUGCCGAGCGGCGGAGCGACGCCGCCACCAUCGUGGCUCUGAGAACUGACGCCGUGAAUGUUGACCUGAGCGCUGCCGCCAACCCCGCCUUCGACGCCGGCGAGGAGGUGGACGGGGCUGGCUCUGUCAUCCAGGAGGUGGCCGCCCCGGAGCCGCUGCCCGCCGAUGGCCAGAGCCCCCCACAGCCGUUUGAGCAGGGCGGGGGCAGCCCCAGCAGGCCCCAGACGCCGGCGGCCGCGGCCCGGAGGCCGGAGGGCACCUAUGCAGGGACUUUGUAAGCGGAGCUGGGUGGCUGUGCGAGGGAACGAGUACUAGAGCUGCUUGCAUGCGUUACUAAUACAAACAAAUGUGAUCAAGCCACUUACCUACUGAACUGCUACUGUUGCCUGAGAAAAAUGUGAUUUUUAUUCUGCUUGUAUUUAAAAUUGAUGAAGGAAACAAAUGCAUUCAUUAUACUGUAAACAAUUAGGCCACUGGCAGCCUCCUGCGAGGAAGCUCCCAGGGCUCCCUUUUGAUAUUCACAAGGUCAGUCUCCAAGUGUAGCUUCCCUCCCCCUUCUCGGGGAGGAUGGGAGGCCGCCAGGUCCCUAGUGCCCAGCCCUGCCCCUUCCUCCCUGCCCUUCCUGCUCCUUCUGCCCAGAAGACGAAGCAGGGGCCAGCAGUGGUCUGUGGCGAGGGGGCUGGGGUGUGCGUCACUGACCCUUCCUUCCUUACCCAUGGAACACCUCUGGGGCGAUGGGGCAGGGCUCAGGCCCCAGGGCCCUAACUCCUCGUUUUUCCUUCUUCGGAGACUCGGGGCCAGGCCCACCUGUGUGGGGUGUGUGCACGAGUGUGUGUGUGUGCGUGCGUGUGCAGGGAUGUGGUGAGGGGGCAGUGAUGGCUGUGGCCCACCCCUGAGUGGGUGGAGAAAAGGGUACUUUACUCUGCCCCCACACCCUGUCCUUGUUCUGCCCGAUCCGUCUCGGCUCUGCAGCCCCUCGGUCCCCUGACCCCAGGGCACCGCUGACCCCGCCUGGCCUCCCACUGUCCUGCCCGGGCCCACUGUGGGACCUGCACAGCUGAUGUAGCUCACGCCGCCCUCUGCUGCCUCAGCCACUUUGCGAUUAUGCUUGUCUUGUUUUUGGUAGGUUUUGUCGUUAAUUUAGAUCUAUUUCAUAUAUGGUUUGGAAACUUUCAGACUCAAUAGAACAAAAACUUUGGGUGGGAUGGGUGUCCCUGUCCCCAGCCCACCAUGGCUUGGGGCAGGUCAUCUGUGGCCGUCAGGGUGCAUCCCCCUGCCCCCCGCCCAGGGCCAGGGACCACUCGUCUCCCACUGGGGGAAAAAGGGGGUCCCAGGUGGGUGACUAGUAUGUGUGAAGCUGAGCUCAGGGCCGGACCUGGGGAGGGGGGACUCUGCUCGGGCAGGAGGCAGCGGCCAGGGCUGGGCCAGGGCGAGAGUGGGUCCUCCCGGUGCUGGGAUCCCCGUCUGCCUUGGGGGGUGUGCAUGGAUGGAGGGUGCCUGAGGCUGCAGGCAGGGGACGGCCAGGACAGGCCUGGGCUGGGGCAGUUGGAGGUGUGGGCACUGGUAAGGGACAGAGGGUUAGGGAUCAUGUUGGGGGGCCAGGGACAGUGGAGGAAGGGCCCAUGGAAGAUGGGGCUGUUUGGUUUGAGGCUGGAGUGCUUCCUUUGAAAUUUAAUUACUGUUUUUUAAGUGGUAGGGCUCACAGACUGUGUGAAGUCCUGUGUGAAGUGCUGGUGUGGCCACCUACCCAGGUGUCCCUCCCUUUUGUUUUGGGGGCCUGUGUCCUUGUCCAGGGGCAGCCGUCCUUCCCAGGUGUGGCCGGAAGAACACCCCAUCCCAAGACUUGAAAUGUCUGUUGCUCACCUCUGUCCCUCCAGAACUCGGCUUCCCUAUCUGCACACGCAAAACAAGUGCAGCCUUGCACCCAUCAGCACCCCCUCUCGUGCACACACAGGCCGGUGAGCAGCGGCCGAUCAGCGCACCCCACUCCCCCAACCCCCACAACCCAUCAAGCGGAGGCCGCCCCCUCCCGUGUGCACACAGGCCAGUGAGCGGCGGCCGACCAGUGCACCCCACUCCCCCAACCUCCACAACCCAUCAAGCGGAGGCCGCCCCCGCUAGGGGAGGACCAUGUGCUGCACCCUGGCCUGGGGACCUACAGGGUGUGGGUUAGACGCAUUCCCACUGGGCGGCUCCUUUCUGCCCCACGGCCCACCCCUGUGGCGAGGCCCUAGGAGACCUUGCGUGGGGCCGCCUCUACAGACUGCACUCAGCCUCCUGGGCUGCCUCCAGCCAGGCCCAGCACGUGCCUGCCCUCCAGAAAAAUACGUUUCUUUCCAGAAGGAGGUGGGGGACCAUGGGCAGGCACUGUGUACACUAACCUCGGCCCUUCCACCCAUUCCUCAGGGCCCAAGUCCAGGGGGACCAAGGCCUGCAUUCCUAGGGCCAGAGGUGGCUCAGUGGUGCAGAGGCAUCCAGACCUUCUGCUGAACUAAGAACCACCCAGCCUGGAGGGAGCCUCUCUCUGCCUCUUCCUCCCCUGUCUUGGGCCCAGGUGGGGUUGGAGCCCCCAUGGGGCCCGCUGGGAACCUGGACCAAGCCUUCCUCAGAGCUGGGAGGAGGCCACGGGGCGGAGCAGGGAUGGGUAGGGGAGGUUGAGCUGCACUUGAGUUCCCUCUGGAGUUUCCUUCAUCUGCCCCACACCCAAAUUUGCACUUUAAUUUGACCAUCCCUGGGGGCCUGGCUGCUGACAGAAGGGCUCUCUCUGCCCUCCACUCCAAAGUGGGUGCCCCCCCCACCCUUGGCCAGGAUAGGGAGGUAGCCGCUGGCCGCUGCCGGAAGUGGUAGCUGCACAGAGGACGCCUGACUGCUGCUCAGGCCUGCACAAUGUCCCGUGGCCCCUUCCUCACUCGUUUGUAAUCGCCGUCUGUUUUGUUGUUCUGGGUAAGGAAGGCAAGAGCUAUAGAUAAAAAAUAAUAAUAAUUUAAUGUGAAUGGGUUCUGAGCUCUCCCUGCGCCCCGGGCGGGCCAGGCCGAGCAUUUUGCACUAAUGUGUCCCACGGUGGGCGUGAGUCGGGAGUGUCUGCGGACGUGCGUGGCUGCUGAGCGGACCUGCCGUGUGCUCCCUCCGCGUCCUGAAUGUACCGUGGGGCGGGGGCGGCGGCCCGGGCUCGGAGGGGCCUUCCAGAGUGCCUUAGCAUCCUUUGAUCAUUUUUCCCAAGGAAACCAAUUACGAAAGCCGGACCCUUCCCUCCUUUGUUUACAAGAUGACUAAUUCCAGAAUCCGGGGUUGUCCUGUCCUGUGAGUGUGACCCUGACUCAUCCAGACCCUGUAGAGAGAGACGAGCCACUCAGUAUUUAUGAGAUGUCUGCACCUUUAUCCCUAAGCCUGACUAUUAGCAAUACGCAUAUCCUAUAUAGAAUCUAUUACAGAGCUACGUUAUCUCCACACCUUUUGAGGAGGACAGAAGGGACUGGACCGUGUUGGAGCUGCCGCCUGGCAGGUGGUGGGCCUGGGACCUAGCCGCCUCUCCUGCCCUGCCCUCCUCUUCCCCAAGGAGAUGGGCCCAGGAGGCAGCUGGGUUGCAUGCAGAGGUCCAGGAGGGACCGGAGGUGUGACAGAUACUGUGAGCCCGGCGGGCCGCGCCUGGCUGGGUGCCUCGGUACUUGAAUUCUGUCUUGUUUUCCGCACUGUGUCUGCCUACCCGAGUUCUCUGUUGUCACUUAACUUUGCAUUGGAUUUGGUUGUUGUACUUUGCCCCUGAAUGUGGACGAAGCUGUGGGCAAGAGGUCAGCAGGACCCGCCUGGGUGUGCCGGCAUUGGCGACUGCGGGUCGGGGCUCCUAGAAGAUAGGAGCCGGCUGCCUGGCCUCCUUUCUCCUCCAGGAAGAGUCAUUCUUUGGCAGUUGUGUUUAGAGCCAGGAGGAAAGCGGAAGGUAGGGAGGGAGGGAGGGCUGGUUGGCCCUCGGGGCUGGUCCCCCUCUGAGGGGACUCUAGUUCCUGACCCUGACCUGUCCUCAUUCCACAGCUGAAACUGUAAGCACUGGCCCAGUCCCCCCACCCCACCCAGCUGUGUACUGCCUGGGUUACCCUCAGGAGGGAAAUUUUUAUGGAAACAUCUUGGCAGCAAGUGGAAAAAGGUCUGUGGCCCAUGAGCCAACUGAAAACUCCAAGAAACCUCUGUCUGCCUCUGCCAGCAGCGAGUCCUAAACGCAGAAUCGAGAGCUCGUAGCUGUCCUCAGCUGUAACUACUGUUUCAGAAUGUUGCUGCUGCAUACAUUUGUCACGUCAGCCAGCCAGCUCCGUGUGUGUGCACGCGCGUGUCUGUGUGUGUGUGUCUGUGCACAUGUGCGUCUGUGUGCGUGUGCGCGUCUGUGUGUGUGUGCAUGCGUGUGCGUGCCUGUGCGUGUGUGCGCACGUCUGUGUGUGUGUGCGCGCGUCUGUGUGCGUUUGUGCGUCUGUGUCCGUGUGUGCGUCUGCGCGUGUGUGCGCGCGUCUGUGUGCAUCUGUGCACGCGUCUGUGUGCGUGUGUGCGUCUGUGUGCAUCUGUGUGUGCAUGCGUGUGCGCAUCUGCACGUCUGCGUGUGUGCGCGCGUCUGUGUGUGCGUCUGCGCGCGUCUGUGUACGUGUGUGCAUCUGUGUGUGCGUCUGUGCAUGCAUCUGUGUGUGUGUGCGUCUGUGUGUGUGUGCGCGUCUGUGUAUGUGCGUAUGUGUGCGUGUGUGCGUGCGUGCACGUCACCACCGGAGCAUUUAGGGUUUGGUACAAGAUGUUUCUAAAAUGGCAAAGGUUUUUCGUGUUUGUUUGUUUUGUUUCUUUGGAAAAAGAAAAGGAAAGGAAAAUUAUGCAGAAUCGAAAGCAUUCAGACCGGACGACCUGCUCGCAUUCCGAUCAGUCGCUUCCAUUGUCAGCAUCAUACACAUGAUUGUGAUUUUUAUGUCAAAAGAAGCCAAAACUUGCAAUACUAUUUUUAGCAGACAAAAAAAAGAACUAAGUAUAAAAUGUAUAAAUAUUUUUGACUUGAACAUUUGGAUGGCACUGGGUGCAAGUAGAACAUCCAUCCUUUGGACGGAAUGUUUGGAAAAAAGAGACUUUUAAAAAGGAGACGGUUGUUUUAAAGAGUCUGUUUAGGGGUUAAAGUACUGUAACUCACGACUGUUAAAAAAUAAAUUUUCCUGUGCUGUAAAGGAAGGUUUCACAGUACCACUGAGUUAGAUUUCAGCCACAGAUGCUUAGCUUUUUUUUUUUUUUUUUGUCUUUUUUUUAAGGAGGAAGCCUUUGUUUUGUUUUCCUGAGCCCUCACUCUCUUUUUGUGCUGUUACUCGAUAGAGUCAAGACUGUUACUUUUUAGCCAUGGCUGACAUUGUAUCAAUAACUAAAACUGAAACAUCCAAAAGCGAACAGGGAAACCGAGGGCUUCAAGCGUGCUCAGAGCUGUUUCAGACAGUGGAAAUCCAUGACAAGCGAACAAAAGGAUGUGAUCAUUAAUUGUAAAGCGCUUUGUAAAAUUCACAUUUACAAAAUAAUAAAGUCAGUUCAAAUCUAA